AUGGGAAAAAGCAAAGUUUUGAUCAUUGGUGGAACAGGGUACAUGGGAAAGAGAUUGGUCAAGGCAAGUUUAGCCCAAGGGCAUGAAACAUACGUUAUGCAAAGACCUGAGAAUCAGAUUGGUGUAGAUAUUGAUAAAGUUGAAACGCUAAUAUCAUUCAAAAAGCAAGGUGCUCAUCUUGUACCUGGAUCUUUCGAGGAUUACAAGAGCCUGGUGGAAGCUGUGAAGCUGGUCGAUGUCGUAAUCUGCGCGGUUUCCGGCGUACAUAUUCGGAGUCACAGUAUUUUGCUUCAACUCAAGCUUGUUGAAGCUAUGAAAGAGGCUGGAAAUGUAAAGAGAUUUAUACCAUCUGAGUUUGGUAUGGAUGCUGCAAAAAUGAAGAAUGCAAUGGAACCUGGAAAGGUGGCCUUUGAUGACAAGAUGGUGGUGAGGAAAGCAAUUGAAGAGGCUGGAAUUCCAUUCACCUAUGUCUCUGCAAACUGUAUUGCGGCCUAUUGGCUGGGAGGUCUAUGUCAAUUUGGCAAAAUCCUUCCUCCUAGAGAUCAUGUCAUUAUUCAUGGAGAUGGCAACCUAAAGGGGCGACUGCUGCAGUGA